AUGGAGAAAGACUUGCGUUUGCGCCUCGUGGUCCGGCGCCACGGCGUGCCUGACGUCAAGCUCCUCUGGAACGUCACCACCAACGAAGACUUGACCAUCUCCAAGCUUGUCGCACAGGUUCACGAAGUGGUUCCCCUCGAGAGCGGCGAAUGGGGACUCGAGGACUACGCCGUUGAGCUUAAGGAUCCCUCCGGCGAAGGCUUCGAAUGUGUACACUACCACCUUGUUUCCAAGGUGCUCAAGAGUGACGACCAAGUGCUCAUCCGACCUCUCCUAACCGACGACCUCAAGCGACGACGGCUCAGCGGCAGGCACCAGAUAUCCUCCGAUGGAAAGCACCUGGUGGACGGUCUGGCCUACGGCCGCUCCUGGCUCAAGGCCCCACGAGAUCGCCCAGCCGUAACCCUACCACCAAGAAAAAAGGCUCGCGUCACCUACAGCAGCGAAGAUGAACUCGAUUCGCCUUCCGAGGACGACGAAGAUCCGCAGCUUCCGAUGAUUGAAUACGACUCGACCAGGGCCCAGGAAGAUCCCUCCAGCGUCAGGCUACGCGCUCGCUUCUACGAUGCCGAGUCUGAUGCCGACGAAGAAGACGACGAAUUCGAGUCGAACUCGGACGAAGACGAAGAUAUGGAUAUGGAGGAUGAUGAUCUUCAGGACGAGCUUCGUCUUCUGAAAGAGGAUAACGCUGCCGUUAGGGAAGUAGAUCUCCUCGAGGAAUUGCGCAACAUUCGAGGCAAGCGGGCGUCAGACGGAACACGCGACCAAUAUUCGCCUUCACCAUACUCCGAUUCCCCCGUUGCGUCAGCCAGCAAUGCCCUGGUUAGAUCCGCAAGUAAAGGAUCUUCCAGAGCACAUCUCGACAUGGACUCUCUGGACAAAAUAUCAUCUUUGAGGGCUGCAUUUCCAAGCGCGGCUAUCUCUGUCGUUGAGCAGUCACUUCUGAGGAACGGCAAGGACCUCGAAAAGGCGUAUCGCAAGCUGCGCAAGAGCUUCAAGCCCCAUCUUCCUCUCCAUCAGAUAUUGGAACGACAGGAGAGGAGCCUCUCCAGCAGUCCUAUUCGUCAGAGCCAAGGGAGCGAGGGUCGCGAGCUCGUUCUGAGAGACACGAGCCCAGCCGAACAUGCCUCGAAUAGCCCGAGUGAACACUCAGACGAGGGGUUGGACCACGAUUUGGAGGAGAGUACUGAGGCCUCUGAGACGCUCAACCACAAUGCCCCCGCGAGUACCAAAGACACCGAGGACGAUGAGGUCGCAUCCGGAUCAGAUUCCUAUUCCAGUGUCGAGUCAAGUGUUGUGUCAUCAGAUUCCGAGUCCGACGAGGAAAUGGAAGAUCAGGAUGAAGAUGCAAAGGACCAGUCGGAUGCCGAAUCUGAAGCUUCGUCUUCAGAUGGCUCAAAUAAGUCAGGAGGCGGACAAGCUGCGCCGGAAGACCGCCACUCAGACGGCGCCGAUCGGGACGAAUCAAGCUCUGAAGAAGAUUCUAGCUCGGAAGAUUCGGACAGCGAUGCAUCAAGCGUAGUAGAGACCAAGAAGCGGUCAUCGGCAAAGUCAACUGCUGCAGGGAGAUCUUCUCCCAAGUCAUCGUCGAAUGCUUCUCCUAAAGAUAAUUCGGAUGGCUCUCCCUCGGAUUCUUCAUCGGAAUCAUCAUCGGAAGAAAGCAGCAGCGAUGAGUCCAGCUCCGAGUCCGAACCAGAGGAGAUACCUACCAAAACACUCAGCAACAGACAUAAGGCCCUAGAACAAAUCCGGUUGUCGAGCCCGCCCAAGGCAAUCCCCGCAGUCGUCCCCGCUGCUCAGACAACACCUGUACCUCCUGGGCAAGGGUUAUCAAAGACACAGAAGCGGAAUCUGAGGCGCAAGCUUGCCAAGCAGGCGACUGCGCAGACUGUCUCGGCGCCCGCGGAGAGCAGUAGGAAGGUGGCCCAAACAGCAAGCCAAGAUCAUGACGAUCUUGCAGCCCUUUUGGCCAAGAAAAAGGCGUUGCUCGAAGCAAUCGUGUCAGAUGCCCCCGAACAGUCUCAGAGCCAGGAGCAAUCGAUGGAGAUUCCCGACUCUGCCCCUCAAGACUCUGCGCAGGAACCAGUUACCGACGCUUCACAGAGUCCUGCUGCCGAGCAGCGUCGGGUGAAGCCAAAUGUUGGUGCCGCAAGACGCAUGCUGAUGGGCUCACUGGGCCUCAAAAAUCCGAAGACAAGAGCCGAUGAAGACAAAAUCAGACAAGACCUGAUGGAGGGCGUUCGCCCACAUACCAAUGCGCGUCUGACAGAGGUCCCGCAGACGGACCAAUCUGAUCAGACACAAGAAUCGGUAGAGGAAGAUCCCGAAGCCUGGCGCGAAAAAAUCACUUACCGAGCCGUAGAAUGCUGCCACGAGGGAGUCGAGCUCUCGGAACCGCCUUUUCCUUUUGUCCAGCGGUGGGACCCCCAACAGCAAGUACAGGAAUGGUUUGGUUCGAAGAAUCAGCGUGGGGGGAAACGUAAGCGCGUACAGCGCAAUCAAGCUCAUUUCUAUGAGGAUGGAGACUCCCAGUCGUCGAAGAAGCGUCGCUUGACCGGCGGCGAAAGCGUUGUGACCUUCUCGGACGCAGUUGAAGAAGGUGACACGACACUCAACUACGACGACCCCGUCGAGGAGCCUGAGGAGCCACACGUGCCUAAGGUGCAAGCCGAGGGAAGUCAAGCUACAGAUAACGACGAUUUGCCUUCCCUUCCGGAAGACAUCAACCUCCUUCCCAGACUCCAGCCGGGGGAGGCCAAAAUUGGCAUGGUUGUCACCUGGAAACAGUGGAUGUUAUCGACUGCAACCAACUGGCAGCCGGAAAUCCACGACGUGACCGGCAUCCUUAUUAGGGUUUUCGACGAGGAGGCGACAGACUUAGAAUUCAUACUGGCCAAACGGGAUCGGAACCUUGACAGGAGCCAAAAGGUCUAUGACGAGAACACUGGUGAACGGAUAUAUGACCGCUUCGAAGUCCCCGACGAUGAGGACGAGGAUGAAGAUGAUCUUGACGAGGGCUAUCGCAAGCUAGCCUUUGCGGAUCUGAUCGAUCCUAGGAUUUUGCAGCAGCCUCUGGGUGAAAAGGAGAACCCGCGUCCGGACGAAGAGUCUAGCGCUCCCACCGACAGUGUCAUUCAUGAAACUGUUUACGACGGCCAGAGCCAGCCCUCCCAGGUCAACAGUGGCAAUCCUAGCCAGUCCGUGGCAGAUGAACGAAGUCAGUCACAGCUCGAUGCAGAGGUUAGUGAAGCCAUGGCUAAUUCUGCGGACGUUUCUGAGCACAACGCCCAAGCUACGAAGACUGCGGCAAAUGAAACGGCGACACCCAACCCAGGCUCAGAAGCCGAUGCCGUUACCGAGGAAUGUGCGGAGGAGGACAACCUUGCGACACCUAAGGCGAACGCAUAUGUAAAUAUCGAUCAACCCGUUGACACGACGGAGGACUCGCAACAGUCGGGAGCUAGCCAAGCUGUCACUGCUUUCUCUAUUUCAACGGAUCGCCGUGACGAGAUCAGUAUGAUGAUUCGAGAAGCUGGUUUCCGCCAAGAUCUGUCGCCCUCUGUGUUGCAAAGGAAGACGAGCAGUCCUUCUCGCCAGCUGCUAGAACAAAUGUCGGAAGUGGCCAACACGUCUCGUGUUCACUCAAAGACACCGCUUUCCGAGAUGAGCGUUACCAAAGAAACCACGCCUAUUCCGCCGCACAGCGAUGCUGCGCCGCCACCUUCUUCCGCUAGCAGUGUUCGAAGUGGCCGACAACCUGAUUUGGACUUCAGCUUCGAUAUAGGAGAUGACGAUAUGCCGCUGUUGGGCGAGACUGGUGACGGAUCUCCCAUCUUGGGAGCUUCCACCCCAAAGGCGAGCGCGCAAGUUCAAACUCCUGUUCAAGAUAAGAAGUUGUCCGACGAGCCAUCAACAGGCGGUACAUCUUUUCCCUCUCUGGAACGCAUUUUUCUCACAGCGACUUCGCAACCAAACACUCAGAAUACCGAGAGUCCUUCUAAGUCUCAGGUGUUCUCGGAGAUCAAGUCCCGCAAAUCGAUCGUCAAAAACGACGCGGAGUAUGAAUCCGCAAUGCGACGCCUCGAUGAGGAAGAUGAAGAUGAAGAGGAGGAUGAAGACGAAGAAGACGAGUCGCCGCAGGCAUUUAGGAGCACCCGAAAGCAACUCUUCCCUAAUUCGAGUCAGCCGGCCAUGUCAAGAUCACCGGAGCUGCCAGACAUGAAGCCGAUUCCGAAAACUGCUCCGUCUUCUUUCACCGAGUCACAGGAUAUCAAGCCCAUUUUGCGGACCCGAAAGCGCAGGAGCUCCCCGUUUGUACUGCCGACCGGCUCUCAAGUCAUUGCACUGUCGUCCAGCCGAUCCAACUCGCCCGCAGAGGAGGUCUACGCGGAAGACGAUAUCGACGACGACUACCAGGAGAACAGCAGCAGCCUGCCCCAUGGAGAAGGUUGGGUGCAGAAGAACAAGCCGCCGAGGGUCAACGCCCGUGCUAAAAGCAUGCCUGCGGCGAGAACCACCGCCAAAGCAGGAGCCCAAAGGGGCUCGGUACCAUCCAGCACAGCGCCGGCCAAGUCGAGUGCGAAGUCGCGCCUGCAGCCGCUGCCGCACCGCACUCCCAAGAUGCGCGUCAUCGAUGGUCUGACUCUGGGCCUGCUUCAUGCAGGUCUUGUCUCGGCGCAGACCAAGUACGCCGACAACCAGGUCCCCGUGUCCAAGGACAACGACCGAGUUUCUGCGCUCUUCCCGGAUGUAGACGUUGAGCUGCUCUCGCCUGCGUUCGCGGCGCCGGAGACUGUUCCGUCUGGGUGGAGUAACGGCACGUCUGGGCCUACCGGUCAAGAUACUCUGGAAUCCUUCCUCAGCGACAUCGCCGACAAACACUCCUGGGCAACCUACCACGUCCCCUUCACCUCCGAAGACGACCGCCCAAUCCCCUACCUCAACCUCUCCCUCUCCCCAUCCCCAACCAAACUCCGCAUCUGGCUCCAGGGCGGCGUCCACGGCAACGAGCCCGCAGGCGACCAGGCCAUCCUCGCCCUCCUCGGCAAACUCAGCGCCAACGAGUCCUGGGCCGCCUCCGUCCUCGACAAGGCGGACCUGCUCGUCCUCCCCCGCUACAACCCCGACGGCGUCGCCUACUUCCAGCGCGAGCUCGCCUCCAACUACGACCCCAACCGCGACCACGCCCUCCUCCAGCGCAGACAGACCAGGGACGUCAAGGGCCUCCUCGCGGCGUUCGACCCCCACAUCUUCCUCGACGCGCAUGAAUACACCGCUAGCCAGCAGCUCGGCGCGCGGGGACAGUGGCUCAAGGCCCAGGACGUCCAGGUCUCGCACGUGAAGAACCCGAACAUCCACCCGGCCGUCCGCGCCCUCGGUGAAGGCCUCUUCCUGCGCUCGAUCCAGAAUAAGGUCAGGAGCCACGGGCUCCGCACGAGCGCGUACUUCACUGCACCCGGCGGCACAGACAUCCCCGUCCUGACGGAGCCCAGCUCUGUCUCCCGCGCCGGACACAACUCCGCGGGGCUCCUCCAGGCGGUCUCGUUCCUGACGGAGACGAGGGGCAUCAGGCUCGCGGACCAGCACUUCCAGCGGCGCGUGGCGGCGGGGCUUAUCGCCGUCGAGGCGCUCGUGCAGACGGCCGUCGACAACGCGGAGGACGUCCACGACACCAUCGAGACCGCCCGGAAAGAAUUCGCCGAAGGCAAAACGGGGGAGAUCGUCGUAGUAGACCGCGCGCGCGUGACGAAUACGACGUGGGAGUUCAUCGACGCGCGCAACGGCACCGUCGUCCGCGUCCCCGUGCAGUUCCGCAACAGCACGCCCACGGCCGUCGAGCUCGCGCGCGCGCGGCCCGAGGCGUACGUCUUCCCGCGCGCGUGGGCCGAGGUCGCGGAGAAGCUGCGCGUGCUGGGCGUGGAAGUCGAGACGCUGGGGGAGGACUUCGUCGGCGAGGCCGAGGUUCUCACGGCCGAGACGGUGGAGCUCGCGGCGUCCAAGUACGAGGGCGUCGUCGAGGCGAGCGUGACGACGUCGACGACUGUCAGGACGGUGACGGUGCCGCGGGGCGGGUUCCGGGUGAGCGCGAGGCAGAAGAAUGCGGCGUUUGCGUUUGUGACGCUGGAGCCGGAGAACAAUGCCAGUUUUGUGCGGUAUAAUGUGAUUGACCUCGAGGCCGGGGAUGAGUAUCCUGUGUAUAGGGUUCUUGGCCGGCGGCCGUAG